GGCAGCUGGGACACCCCAGUGUGUGAGUGGCUCUGUCCCCUGCCUCCCAACACGGUCACCCGGUUGUGUUGGUGGCUCACAGGUGGCCCCUGCCCCCACGUCCUGCUGGGGCAAAUCCAGGGCUGUGGAGAAGCGGCCAGAGUGGCACGGGAUCUGCGUCUCUGCCUUGCGGCGAUGGCCUUGUCGCUGCCCUUCAGCCCAAGUCUCUCCUGGAAAAGAAUCAUGUGCAUGUUUUUCCUGCCAUUUAUCUUAUCCAGUUUUGGUCCCCGGGCAAAAUAUAAAGGGAAUCGUAUACAUAAAGGAGUGAAGCCAUCCCAGAUCAGUCCCCCUCCUAUUCCCAGGUUUAAUUACUGUCAACUGACCCCUCUGGAGCUGAAGGACCGAUAUCUGGGACUCCAGACUGAAAGCAGAGAUGGGAGUAAGCCACACUUCACCCUGGAGGGUCAAAAGUUCCUGAUCUUCGGGGGCUCCAUCCACUAUUUCCGGGUGCCCAGGGAGUACUGGCGGGACCGCCUGCUGAAGUUGCAAGCCUGUGGCUUCAAUACUGUCACCACCUAUGUCCCGUGGAACCUCCAUGAGCCAGAAAGAGGAAAAUUUGACUUCUCUGGGAACCUGGACCUGGAGGCCUUUAUCCUGAUGGCUGCAGAGAUUGGAUUGUGGGUGAUUCUGCGUCCGGGCCCCUACAUCUGCAGUGAGAUCGACCUCGGGGGCCUGCCCAGCUGGUUACUGCGGGACCCCAAGGUGAUACUGAGAACAACUGAAAAGGGCUUUGUGGAGGCAGUUGAUAAGUAUUUCAAUCACCUGAUCCCCAGAGUGGUCCCUCUCCAGUACCACAGGGGCGGCCCCAUCAUUGCCGUGCAGGUAGAGAAUGAAUACGGUUCUUUUGGGAAGGAUGAAGAGUACAUGCCUUAUCUUCAAAAGGCCAUGCUCAAGAGAGGGAUUGUGGAGAUGCUCUUGACCUCAGACAAUGAAAAAGAAUUGCAAAAAGGCUCCAUCAAAGGAGUGCUGGCCACCAUCAAUAUGAACACGUUACAUAAGAAUGUGUUCAAGCAGCUUCAUAAGCUUCAGCCAAAUAAGCCCAUUUUGAUUAUGGAAUACUGGGUUGGCUGGUUCGACACAUGGGGGUAUGCACACAUGAGUACAAGUGCUAAAGAUGUUGAAAACACUGUGUCUGAGUUUAUCAACUUAGAGAUCUCCUUCAAUGCGUAUAUGUUCCAUGGUGGAACCAACUUCGGUUUCAUAAACGGGGCCACAAAUUAUGGGAUGCACAAAGGUGUUACCACUAGCUAUGACUAUGAUGCUGUGCUGACAGAGGCUGGGGAUUAUACUGAAAAGUAUUUCAAGCUUCGGAAACUCUUUGGAGCUAGCUUAGCAGCCCCCUUGCCUCCCUUACCUCAGUCUACUCUCAAGACUCAGUAUCCCGUUGUGAAACCAUCCCUCUACUUGCCACUGUGGGAUGUGCUUCAGUACUUAAGUGAGCCAGUGAUAUCGAAUAGACCAAUGAACAUGGAGAAUCUUCCGAUAAACAAUGGAAAUGGUCAGUCCUAUGGAUUCAUACUUUAUGAGACUCACAUUUGCUCUGGAGGUCAGCUUCAUGCUGAGGUUCACGAUUUAGCACAGGUGUUUGUGAAUGAAACCUUGAUAGGAUUUAUGGAUGCUACUAUAAAGAAAUUGCACAUUCCUAAAAUCAAGGAAUGUCAACUUCUAAGGAUCCUGGUGGAAAAUCAAGGACGAAUCAAUUAUUCAUGGCAAAUGCAACAUGAACGGAAAGGAUUAAUUGGAUCUGUUGUCAUCAAUAGAGUUCUUCUGAAAGAUUUCACUAUCUAUUCUCUGGAAAUGAAAACAAGCUUCUUUGAGAGGCUCCGCACUGCUGCCUGGAGGCCUGUCCCACAACAAUAUGUGGGCCCUGCUUUCUACCUUGGAAUCUUGAAGACUGGCUCUUCUCCCAUGGACACCUUCCUGAGUCUACCAGACUGGAAAUUGGGAUCUGUGUUCAUCAAUGGACGUCACCUUGGGCGAUACUGGAAUAUUGGACCUCAGGAAACACUUUACCUCCCUGGUGUUUGGCUUCAUCCAGAAGACAAUGAGAUCAUCCUGUUUGAGGAAAUGAUGAGUGGUUCAGACAUCCACACUACACCCAAACCCAAGCUUUUCAGCACUAUGCCUUAACACAUAUCUUGGAUUGUUGUAGUUCAUCUACAAGCAGUUUCUCCAGAGGAAGAUUUAUGCCAAGAAUAUAAAACAUAGGGCUACCUACAAUAGCAAAAAAUGUGAAAAUAACCUAAUAAAACAAUAAGAAUUAAUGACUAUAAUAACAUAUCCAUCUGAUGGCUAUUUUUAGACUUGAAAAAAACUUCAAAAUCAUUAAUGACUGACCUACAUAGUUAAAUGCUUAAUCCUUAAUAGAUUCUUAAUCUCUGAUCAAAUGUGCCU